AUGGAGAUGGAAAAAUCAUUAAUUGCAAGAUCAUUCCACCAUGCUUCUCAUGUUUCUUUCUUCGAUAUAACAUGCACAGAGAUCAUUACAACAGAAGUAGGUGAAAGCGAGCGUCAUCUUCACUCCAUUUUCGAGCGAGCACGCUCUUCAUCAUCAAGAGUCGUUUUACUUUAUCACUCCUUCAAGAACUUUGUACAAAGUUUAAACGAAGUGACUGAUAGAUUAUUAACCACUUUGCUAAUGGAAAGUUAUUGA